UCCCUCUUCCUCCCCACGACCAACACAGUCAAGACAGAACGCGAGAAAGUGAGAAACAGAAAGAAGCUGAAGCAGAGCAUCCAGAGCAGGAGACACUUCGUACUUCACAGACAAACAGCUAGCUAGUGGAAGGAUAUCCGCAUCUUCUUGUAUCUUGCACAUUACACUACUACUCCCGCAGAAACCAUAUCUUAGGAUUAGGAAAGAAAGCAAAAAAAGAACAUUUCUCAAUAAGACUUCCGCGAACUAUGGCAGACUACAACGAUGACGACGACCUCUUCAAGGAUCUGUACGGCGACGAGGAUGAACAGAAGAAGGAAGACAGUGCAAGGCCAGCCGCUGCUGUAGGUGGCGCUGCUGCCGCCGCCGCUGCUGCAUCAGAUGCUACUACAGCUGCGGCUGCCUCCGACAUUGCAGCGCAGCUUCAACAACAGGCAGCCGCUGCAGCUGGUGGAUACGCGUCUAAUAAUACGCAAGAUCUCGCUGCUCAGCUGAGUGCUGCUGCUGCUAAAGCCAGCGAUCCGCGUGCCUCUGAUCCACGUAUGCAACAGCAACUCGCCGCCGCUAUGCCACAAGCUGCACCGGUCGCCUUCCCAGGCCAGCAACAGCAAUCUGCCGCGCAACCAGGUGCAAUGCCUGGGAUGCCUACACCUGAGCAGAUGCAGCAACUUCAGCAAUUUCAGCAGUUUCAAGCAAUGCAAGCUGCCCAACAAGGCUUGCCUGCGCCGCCUCCCUUGCAGCCUCAGCAGAUUAUGCAAAUGUUUAAUUCUGGUAUGGCACAGCAGCAGCAACAGCAGCAGCCACCACAGCAGCAGACUACACCGCAGCCUGCUCCUACUCCUGAGGAACGACCGAAUGUGACGUUGAAGGAUGACGGAAAAAUGUUCAUUGGCGGUCUCAACUGGGAGACGACAGAUGAGUCGUUGCGCAAGUACUUUGAGCAGUUUGGUGCUGUUGCUGAGUGCAAUGUCAUGCGAGACGGCACGACAGGCCGAUCGCGUGGUUUCGGUUUCUUGACUUUUGCUGAUCCAAAUUGCGUCGACAGUGUCGUUGAAAAGGAACACUUCCUAGACGGCAAAAUUAUUGACCCCAAACGCGCCAUCCCACGAGACGAGCAGGAAAAGACUGCCAAGAUGUUUGUUGGUGGUGUCCCUGCCGACUGCGACGAAGAGGAGUUCAAGGACUUUUUCAAGCAAUUCGGCCGUGUCAUUGAUGCAACACUCAUGAUGGAUAAGGAUACCGGCAGACCGCGAGGCUUUGGUUUCAUCACAUUUGAUGCAGAAUCGGCCGUUGAACGGUGUGUUAAUGCACAUAAUCUCAAUAUCCAUGGCAAAGGCAUUGAAGUGAAGCGAGCAACACCCAAGGGCGGUGGUCGUGAUCGUCAAGGUCCAGGCGCUCAAACAGGCCACUACUCUGCACAGAAUGUGUUUGGUGGUACCGGUGCCAAUGCUGGUGCUGCACCGCAACAAGCAGCUGCAUACGGCGGUAUGUCAUCUGCUAUGAUGGCGCAGUACUAUCAGCGUAUGCAAGCAUGGAUGCAGCAGAUGCAAGCAAUGGGCCGUGGUGGUGGUAUGGCAGGUGGAAUGAUGAAUCCAAUGAUGAUGCAGCAGAUGCAACAAGGACAGAUGCAACAGCCCCAGCAGCCCAGUGGCGCGCAAGGCGCGUGGCAGCAGUCGUAUGGCGGACAACAGUACGGACAGCAUGAUGACGCUCAGGAGGACGGACAUAAGCCGCCUACAGGACCUCGGGAACCUCUGCCUCCUCCAAAUGCGCCAAGCGGCCCCUCUGGGGGAGCGCGACGCGGUCCACGCGGUAGUGGCGGCGGCGGCGGUGGUCGAAGUAUGAGUGGAGGUGGCAGUGAUGGUGGCCGUAGUGGUCGCGGUCGUGGUGGCUACCGUGGAUCUACUCGGUUCGACCCUUAUAGCCGUUAAAAACGCAUCUUUUACAAUCUUGCUUAUACAUAUCGCAUAGAGUUAAAUCUCACCAUCUAUA